GCGGUUCCGCAGCCUGAGCUAAGUUUAGUGCCGUGGAUUUGUUCCUCUGACUUCACAUUCCCGCUGCCCCCCACAAAGGAAAUCAGCCCAGAGGGCUGAGGAGGAGCAGGACAGCCAAACCUCGCUCAGCCAGGGCUCAGCUGGAUGGCAGGGGAUUUCCACCUUAGGAGUUUUCCCUGGUUCUGAAGUUCACAACACGGCAUGCAAUUUUUCGGCAAGUAUUCACGCUAAAGCUCGGCCUUUCUUGGAGGAAAGGAAACACUUGUUUGUUUUCUAAAACAAAUGUAUUUCAAAGGAGGCAAGAUCACAAGGGUAUUUUAGUCAAAUGAAGUAAAUAUUCUAAAAAGGAACCCCCUUCUUUGUUCAAGAGAAGAAAAUACUGUGGACGAUUGUUUGAACAGCAUCUUGGUUGCUGACAAGUGAGGUUGAGAGUUUUGUGAUUUAUUUUUAGCUGGAGAAUUUUUUUUUAAAACAGAAGUGCUGUGUAGCCUUGGCAGUUGCUGCAUAUUCGGUGUGGGUGGAUGGAACUGAGCAAUCUCAUCUGUGCUAACAAGCGUUUUGGGAUUCCAUUAAAAAAUUAAACCCAUGUACUGGAAACUGAAGCUGUACCAGCCCACCUGGGGAGCUCUGCCCUCCGAAUAUCCUCCACAAGAGGCCCUGCACCGCCCCUACGGCUGCGACGUCGAGCCCCAGGCACUGAACGAAGCCAUCAGAUGGAGCUCCAAGGAGAACCUGCUUGGAGCCACUGAGAGCGAUCCCAAUCUCUUUGUUGCACUUUACGAUUUUGUAGCAAGUGGUGACAACACACUCAGCAUCACCAAAGGUGAGAAGUUGCGAGUCCUGGGUUACAACCAGAACGGUGAAUGGAGUGAGGUACGUUCGAAGAAUGGGCAGGGCUGGGUACCAAGCAACUACAUCACUCCAGUGAACAGCCUGGAGAAGCACUCGUGGUACCACGGGCCGGUGUCCCGCAGUGCAGCAGAGUAUCUGCUCAGCAGCCUCAUCAACGGCAGCUUCCUGGUCCGGGAAAGCGAGAGCAGCCCAGGGCAGCUGUCCAUCUCGCUCAGGUACGAAGGACGUGUUUACCACUACAGGAUCAACACCACCUCGGAUGGCAAGGUCUAUGUGACAGCAGAAAGCCGUUUCAGCACCCUGGCAGAGCUGGUGCACCAUCACUCCACGGUGGCAGAUGGGCUGGUGACAACUCUGCAUUACCCAGCACCCAAGUGCAAUAAGCCCACCGUGUACGGGGUGUCCCCCAUCCAUGACAAGUGGGAGAUGGAGCGCACCGACAUCACCAUGAAGCACAAGCUUGGGGGAGGGCAGUAUGGAGAGGUCUACGUGGGGGUCUGGAAGAAAUACAACCUCACAGUGGCUGUGAAAACGUUAAAGGAAGAUACCAUGGAGGUAGAAGAGUUCUUGAAAGAAGCUGCUGUGAUGAAGGAAAUCAAGCACCCAAAUCUAGUGCAGUUGUUAGGUGUGUGCACCCUGGAGCCCCCGUUUUACAUCGUGACAGAGUACAUGCCCUAUGGGAACCUGCUGGACUACCUGCGCGAGUGCAACCGCGAGGAGGUCAGCGCCGUCGUGCUGCUCUACAUGGCCACCCAGAUCUCCUCUGCCAUGGAGUACCUGGAGAAGAAGAACUUCAUCCACAGGGACCUGGCAGCACGGAACUGCUUAGUUGGAGAAAACCACGUGGUGAAGGUGGCUGACUUUGGCUUGAGUCGACUCAUGACUGGUGAUACCUACACAGCCCAUGCUGGGGCCAAGUUCCCAAUCAAAUGGACAGCUCCCGAGAGCCUGGCCUACAACACCUUUUCAAUCAAAUCAGAUGUGUGGGCCUUUGGGGUGCUGUUAUGGGAAAUUGCUACCUAUGGGAUGUCACCAUACCCAGGCAUUGACCUCUCUCAGGUGUAUGAUCUGCUGGAAAAGGGCUAUCGGAUGGAGCAGCCAGAGGGGUGCCCUCCCAAGGUCUAUGAACUGAUGAGGGCAUGCUGGAAGUGGAACCCACCAGACCGACCUUCCUUUGCUGAGACCCACCAGGCUUUUGAAACCAUGUUCCAUGACUCGAGCAUCUCAGAGGAGGUAGCAGAGGAGCUUGGAAGAACAGCCUCGUCCUCAUCCGUCGUUCCUUACCUGCCCCGCCUCCCCAUGCUCCCCUCCAAGACAAGAACCCUGAAGAAACAGGCAGAGAACAAGGAGAACAUCGAGGGGACCCAGGACACUGUGGAGCACUCAGCAUCCAGCUCAGCACCAGGUUUCAUCAGAAGCACACAGCCCACAGGCGGGUCCCCCGCGCUGCCCCGCAAGCAGAGGGACAAGAGCCCCAGCAGCCUCCUGGAGGAUGCCAAAGAGACCACGUUCACCAGGGACAGGAAAGGGGGCUUCUUCAGCUCCUUCAUGAAGAAGAGGAACGCUCCCACGCCUCCCAAGCGCAGCAGCUCCUUCCGGGAGAUGGAGAACCAGCCCCAUAAGAAAUACGAGCUGACGGGUAACUUUUCCUCUGUGGCUUCCUUGCAGCACGUGGACGGGUUCCCCUUUGCUCCCGCCCAGCAGGACACCAGCCUGGCACCCCCCAAGUGCUACGGAGGGGGCUUUGUGCAGAGGACCUUCUACGGCGAGGAGGGCACUGGGCCCAGCAGUGCUGGGGCUGUGAGCACUGGUGGAGGGUGGUCGGGCAUCACUGGCUUCUUCACGCCACGCUUGAUUAAAAAGACGCUGGGUUUACGAGCAGGAAAACCCGCUGGCAAUGAAGAAGCUUCAAAGCCUUUUCCAAGGUCAAACUCUACAUCUUCCAUGUCCUCAGGGCUUCCAGAGCAGGAUAGGAUGGCAAUGACCCUUCCCAGAAAUUCCCAGAGGUCAAAAAUUCAGCUGGAACGGACUGUGUCCACCUCCUCCCAGCCCGAUGAGAGCACAGAGAGGGCCAGUGACCUGAUUCCCAAAAGGUUUGAAGAAGGCCCUGCUUUGACCAGAGAGAGACCAAAAGCAAAACUCUUGCCAAGGGGUGCCACAGCACUCCCUUUUCGAACUCCCUCCACGUCAGAAGAAAAGGAGGGUCCAGGGCUAGUGGCAGCUCCUAAGGGCAAGGAAAAAAACAGUGGCCCACGACAAGGGGCCCUUGAGGAUGGCGAGAGGCCGGGGUGGUCAUCUCCAGUAAAGGCUGCAGCAAUACUUCCAACCACUCAUAACCACAAAGUGCCAGUCCUAAUCUCACCCACUCUAAAACACACUCCAGCAGACGUGCAGCUCAUUGGCACAGACUCUCAGGGUAAUAAAUUUAAGCUCUUAUCUGAGCAUCAGGUCACUUCUUCCGGCGACAGGGACCGGCCCAGACGGGUAAAACCAAAGUGUGCUCCACCUCCACCACCGGUGAUGCGGCUCCUCCAGCAGCCAGCUGCCUGCUCGGACACAGCAGAAGAGCUGAGCAGCGUGGCGGGAGCGCAGCACGGACUGGAAUCCAACGAAGGCAGUAAGAAGGCAGCAGCAGCAGCACCUGUUGGUGGAAAAUCUGGGAGGCCCGUGAUGCCUCCGCCCCAAGUGCCUCUGUCAUCGUCUUCCACCUCCCCGGUGAAAAUGGCCAACGGCACGGCCAAGGUGGCGCUGAGAAAGACCAAGCAGGCGGCUGAGAAAAUCCCCGCAGACAAGAUCAGCAAGGAGGCGCUGCUGGAGUGCGCCGAUCUCCUGUCCAGCGCCAUCGCCGAGCCCACGCCCAACAGCCAGCUGGUGGACACGGGGCACCAGCUGCUGGAUUACUGCUCAGGCUACGUGGACUGCAUCCCCCACACGCGCAACAAAUUCGCCUUCCGGGAAGCCGUGAGCAAACUGGAACUCAGCCUGCAGGAGCUGCAGGUGUCCUCGACAGCUGCUGGCGUCCAUGGGGCGAACCCCGUCCUUAAUAACUUAUUGUCAUGUGUCCAAGAAAUCAGUGAUGUGGUGCAAAGGUAGCUACUGUCAAUCUGGGUAAGAGAAACACACACGGGGAGGGCGGGACUGUUUUUCUGUACUGAUGCUUUCAAAAGGAAAGACUGAUACUUGAGUAUGUGAAGUACCUCAGAUCACUGAGUUCUCCUCACGUUUACAGGUUCAUCUCAAAAAGCUGGGGAUGGAGAGGGUAGAUUAAAGCUGUAAGGGGCAGAACAUCAAGGAUCUGUCCCUACCUAGUCAGGCUGAUCUGCUUGGUAUGGCAAGGGAAAAAGAAAGUUCCCUCUCCUCCCCUGGAGAGGCAGGAGAACCGAAGGCAGGUUCUCCCUCUGGGCAGGAUGGUGGUGACAGCUGGAGCCCUAGGGUGGCUGCAGCUGCCUGGCUGCACAGAUCCCACCCUGGCUGCACUCACCUGUGCUUUGCUGUCCUGACAGGGCCAAGGAAAGGCACUGGGGCUCUGCUGUACCAAGGGCAGAGCAGCCGGAGCAGCUCCAGAGGGGGUCAUGUACAGCUGGGGGAAAGGUCUAAUGCACUGACAGUAUUCAGAGCUGCUGGAGGUGGAUGCACUGGUCUGGAUGGCUUAACUUCCACAGCACUGUUGCUGCUGUAAUGAGAACUGCAAGAUUAGUUAAUAUAUGAAACUGUCCCUUUUCCCUCCUGUCCACCUCAUCCACCACAUUCUCAUUGUCAUUGUAUUGGAAGUGUCAGGGAUGCUGGGCAGACUUACCACUGGAAUUCCCCCUUCCCACCACACUGCCUUCACUCAGCUGAUACCUAUUUCUAGUGGUCUAGCACAGGUGCUGCUUGAUGGUCAUUUUUGAGUAGUUUGGGGCUCUUGCACAACUUGCCAGUGUUGUUGUUGGGGUGGGUGGGUUCUUGCUUUUUUUAAGCUCUAGAUUGUUUUUAACUUGUUACCAGGUUGACUCCCUAGUUCAGUGUGAUCACCAUGAGGACCCAUGGUAGGUAAGGCAGAGCCUCUGCCCCCCUGGCUGUUCUCCACAUUCCUUUAGCAGUCACAGCACUGCAGGGCCAGCUGGAGAACCAGAAAGUACAGCCCAGCCUGCCCACCACUUGUCCUCACUGCUGCAGGAUUCCUUGCACCUGUCCCUAACCCUUCACACCCAGAUUCCUGGGAUUUGUUCUGGUGUUUACCUGUCUCACAGGCUUCCAGCUGCUCUGCAUCUCAAGGUGAUGAAGUAUGGCAGCACACAGGAAACACCACAGGCAUCUCCAUGCAUUUGUUCCCAUUUUAAAGGCCAGACCAGAAUCCUGCACUGUGGUGUAGGGAACGUGCACAUAACCUGUGCACUGGUGCCAACAAAAGCUGUGGCUCUGCCUUGAAGGGCUGCCAGUGGGUCUCUAAUGCCUUCUAAUAACCCCAGAAUAAGCAGCUGAGUGGUUGGCAUUGUCAUCCUUGGUCCUUGUGCUGUUUGCAGGCUGUUGUGGCCUCAAAAAGCUGAUCUGUCUAUGCACAGCUCCCCAGGGUGUAAAUGUACUGGCAAAUAGGAAGAGCUCAGUUGCUGGCUUGUGAGAGGAACAGAAACAGACCUGAAACCUGGCUCCAAAUACACCUUACCUGCACGCUGCUGCUCACUUCACACUGCUGGUGGUAGAGGAUCUCACUUGCUUUGCACCUUAAGCCUUUAUUUUUUUUUGGCUAAAAUGCUUUCUAAAUUUGUUUUUCAAGUGUGGCUGUGCUGCUUUUAGUCUGAGCAUUUCGAGUGGAGCUGUGGCAUGGGUGUGACUUUGGAAGAUGGGCACCUUGUUUCUGUCUAGAAGCACGUGGUGGUGCUUGGAAGCAGGCUGGGUGUCAGCAAGUGUCCCUGUCUUUUCCACAGAGCAUAGCUAGACAGGCCUGGAAAAUCUUUAGAAAUGGGCUGAGAAUCCUCAUUUCAUUACUGGUCUGAGCUAAGCAAAGUUCUUUCAGGGUGUGUGGAGGCACAGCAGAGGAGCAGCAUGUGAGGUGCAAUGGACCAUGAGCUUCUGUGGCCCAGUAAGUGAAGGCUGGGGGGGAAAAGAACCAAGCAACCCCUUGUGCUGGCAAGUCCUGAUCCCCUGCAACCCUGGGGCUGUCCCAAGGCUCUUCCACAGGCAGAGUACCAACCCCUUAUCUCCUAGACUCUAAAUUCCUAGACUUUACUGAGGGCUUUUGUGGUUUACCUUAUCUCUGUCAGUCAUCCUCAUGGAAGGUGUGCAUCCACACUGACUGCCUUUGGACAGGUGACCUGCCAAGGAAGGUGGCUUGUGGCAUUGCUUCACAUGGCCUGUCUAACAAUCAGGAGGAUUUAGAAGGUGGGGGCUCUCUUUUCUUCAGGGCAGAAGGGCAGGUCUUGCUUACCCUGGCAGACCAUCACAUGGUUCCAUGAUUGUACUGCUACUCAGCCUGGGACAAAUGGGCUGGAACUGAAGGAAUUCCAGGGAAAAGGAAUUUUAACAGAACAUUUUUAAGUUUAGCCCAAUUCUGAUGAGCAUUUUGAAAGAAACCUUUUUUUUUCCCCCUAAAUGCCAGUCUUCCAGAAAAGCUACAGCAAAAGUGGUAGAAUAGCAAUAUGGAAUUUCUAACUACUAGAACUCCCCUCCUUUCAGAAGAAAGGAGCUGUGUCCCAGUGAACACUGUGGGCCAUCCCCACUUCCUUUCAGGUGCCACAUUUUCUCCUUGCCCCUGCAGCAGAGAUGGGCAGUGGGACAGGGCAGCAUCCAGCUGCUUUUCCAGAGCCACAGAAUGGCUGAGGUUGGAGGGAACUUUGGAGGUCACCUGGUGCAAGCACUCCUGCCAAGCAGGUCCACCAAGAGUUGCCUGUGAGGACCACGUCCAGGCAGCUUUUGGGCAUCUCCAAGCACAGAGACUCUGCAGCCCUGGGCCCAGCACAGGAGUGUUUAGUUCUGACCCCUCCUGUGGAGCAAAAACAAGGGCCAGUGCAUUUGGGGAUUUGCCUGUUGCCACUCUCAUGGGAAGUGUUUUCUCUGCCCUUACAUCUAACAUCAGGUAGGCAGAUUGUGGCAGAGGUAGUGCUGACUGGACAGGUUUUUUCCCCCCUAAAUUGAAGGCUGUGGAAUUGCUGGGACUUCUGCUGCCCUAGAGUGUUUUAUUCCCAAACUGCAAUGUUCUCCUGUCCUCUGGCAGGAUAGCAAAAGGAAUCUGGGAAAGCUGGUUCUGCUGUAAGUUACCAUCCAGUUAUCCUUCUUCCACUGCUGCUUCUAAAGCUUUUACCAUUCCCUCUCCCUUUAGCUAGUCUGCCUUUCUCUUCAGCCUUAAAGCUCUCCACUGUGGCCUGGUCUCUGUUCUCAGCCUGGCACCAGAUGUGCAAAGGAAUGUGUGGGUGCUGACACCCCAUUGUUUGUCCCAGUGCAGAGCACUUCCAGCUCCAUGGUUUGGGGCAGGGGACAAGGCAGAAGUGCUGUUGUUUCUUCUCCUCAGCACUGUCAGACAGCUGUGGGGGCACAGCUGGAGCUGGGCUCUCUCUUGCACUGCUGUGGGCCAGAAUCCAAAGCAGUUGUCUUUGCCAUGGGGAAGGUACCAUGGCCUGGCACUGCCAAGCACAAAGCACACAGUGAGCUCAGGGGGGCACUUUCUCUUCCUGCCCCUGUGGGAAUGAGCUGACUCACAGGUGCAAUUCUCCCUUCUUCCUGCACUGUACACCCUUCCUAACCCCAGAGUGGUGCACUUGAUUUAGUUGUGUUCUUCAUUAGUGUGGGCAGGGGGAAGCUGAGCUGAGUCUGGGUCUUGGGGCUGCACCAAGUUCAGCCAGUGGGAAAGGGGGAUGGAAGGGAGCAGCCUUGCUGAUGCAGAACACAGCAGGGAGGGACAGAGGAGGCUGUGCUUGUCCUCAUCAGGACUGUCUCCUGGGUGCCACUGGCCCUGUGUGUGUGAGACACAGCCAAACACGAGUGGUGACAUCUGUCAGGGUGCUUUGGGGGCACAGGGAGCCAAAGCCCCCGUGGAGACAGAGCAGCCCCUCCCCAGCAGGCAGAGGUGUGGGUGGGCUGCACUGCAAUCCCAACCCUGUGUCCUACCACUCACCUGAGGCAGGCUUUUCCUCCGGGGCAUCCACAGCACUGACAGGCACCAGUGACUCCACAGGGUGUGGUGCCACAGCCAGCAGGCUGCUGCCUUCUCUGUGACACUCAGCUCGGCCCUGCUGCUCACCAGGAGCUGGCAGGGACUCUGAGGGGAGCUGCUGGGGUGGUGCUGCACAUCCCUGGAGCGUGGAAGCAAACCCUGAGCCCAUGCUCUGGCAGCAGCCACAGGAGGCUCUGGGACAGGGAGUUGUUUCUCCAGCUCCAGGCUAAGCAAUGUCUGUACCAAAGGAGCUCGUUCUUCCCCAGGGAGGUGGUGGAGCCUGCUCGGCUCACAUGGCACUGUUUGUGUUGCUAGUGAGGGCAGCAAUGGAUUGAAAUGAAUCACGUUAAUCACCAAUCACUCUUAGCAGUGUUGUCAACUGUUUUUGUUUUUUAAUUGUUACUGUAAUAUAUUUUGGUUGUUUUUCUAAUUUAAUUCUCUCACUAUCGUCUGACUGUGAACUGCGAACAGUGUUAAACUUGAUGUAAAUAAGGCCCUUGGAAGGGCCUCUUUGCCUGUCGUUCCACAAAGUUUUGCCAAUUUGCAUUUUGUUUUAAAUAAAGGUUGCAAUAUUUUAUUGGCAAAAACCACUCAAGUA